AUGCCUUACCCGGUCCGAGAGAACCUCUCGAUCGGCAACAUCGGUGACGCGGCGGAGAUUCUCCAAAACGGCACCGUCCAAAGCGUCACGCACAUCCUCUCCGUCCUCAGCUCCGCCUCCAUCUCCUUCUUCUCCGAAUGGCGCCCCGGCCUCUCCAUCCCCGCCAAGGACAUCACCAAAGUUCACGUCGCCGACUCCGCCGCCGCCAAAUCGGCUCUCUCGCCGGAGAAGCUCCUCUACUCUCUCGAGUACGCCGGCCGCGACCUGAAGCUCGUGAGGAUGGCCGUCCCUCUCAAAGACACCGAGAACGAGGACUUGCUCGAUUACUUGGAGGUUUGCAUCGACUUCAUUGAUCGCGGUCGGAAGGAAGGUUCCGUUCUGGUUCACUGUUUCGCCGGAGUUUCCAGAAGUGCGGCGGUUAUUACGGCGUACUUGAUGAGGACGGAACGUCUAUCUGUAGAAGAUGCCCUUGAAUCGUUGAGGCAGAGCUGUGAAUUUGUUUGUCCCAAUGAUGGAUUUCUAGAGCAGUUGAAAAUGUUUGAGGCGAUGGGUUUCAAGGUUGAUCACUUCAGCCCUAUAUACAAGCGCUUUCGCCUAAAAAUACUAGGUGAGAAUCAUUUCUCAGGGUUGAGGAUAGACAGUUCUAAACUUGGUGCUGAUCCUGGCAUGCCUGUCGAAAUUUCUUCAGAGGCAGAAGAAACUACUAAAACAGUAAAUAACCGUAGUCCUACGUAUCGUUGUAAGAAGUGCCGGCGACUUGUUGCAUUGCAAGAACAUGUCAUAGAUCAUGUUCCUGGUGAGGGUGAGACAGCCUUUGAGUGGCACAAACGGAGAAGUGGCAACCCUUUCAAUAAAUCUAACGAAUCUGAGUGUUCAUCCAUAUUUAUUGAGCCUCUAAAAUGGAUGAAAGCUGUUGAGGAAGGUGCAUUGGAAGGAAAGCUGUCCUGUGCUCAUUGCGAUGCCCGUUUGGGAUACUUCACUUGGGCGGGCAUACAAUGCAGCUGCGGAAGCUGGAUAACCCCAGCCUUUCAACUCCACAAAAGCCGGAUAGACAUAAGCCCAAUAUAACCCCCUUCGCCACUUUAUGCAUAUCCUCAUCCCGCAAUAAGGAAUGCCACCUAUAUUUUUGUCGUUGUUCUUGGACUUGUGUGUUCUGCUCAAGUUUUCCAGGCUGGUCCAUUGCUAAUGAAGUUAUGGAAGGAAGGAUUGAAGUUUUGUUCUUUGGACAUGCUCAAGUUUUCCAGGCUGAACCAAUGCGGUUAUAUAUGGAAGGGAGGAUUGUAGUUUUACACUUUUGUGCUUCUUCCAGAAUCACUCUUUGGAGCUAUGAUUGGAGAUUAAGGAUUACAUUUCUAGUACAUGACAAGGCUUGAGUUGGGUUUCCAGUAUUAGGGCUUGUUCCCCGUAUGAUUUUACCGUAAGCAAGCAUGAUUAUUUUUUUCUGCGAAAGAAAAAUGAGUGUUCACCAUUGUAUUUGUGCCUGUUUUUCUUUGUAUACUCAAUAUGCUUAUUUUUUUCUUCGGCGUAAAGAAAUUGGGUACUAGUAGAAAUAGUCACAAAGGUUAUCUAAUGGAUGAAUCCUGUUUCUUGUCCAUCA